UCUUCGCUACACCUGUGUUCGAUGAAAGCAACUGACGUCAUUAAAAAAACAACAAAAAACAAAAUUAAAGAUAACCUUAGUAACAGGAAAGCGGUGGUGCCGCCGCACCGAUUAGGAUUACUAUAUUACAUGGAGAGCAGUGGAGGAAGAGCGACAGCUGGCAAUUAGGGCAAACAGCAAACUUUUGAAGUGAGGAAUUCAAAACUAGGGUUUUGACAGUCCUGACAUUCUCCUCCAGGCUUUCUUUUUACUCAGAUAAAUAGUUAAACAAAUAAACUGCCCAUUAUUUUUGGGCAACAUUCGGUGUCUAAAUAUCGAGACAUUCAUUGCUUCAUUGUAAUUGUACCAUUGUUUCUGUACCCAUUUAGCAUCAUCAUCCUCUUGAUUGUCAUUCGGAAUUAUCUCUUGCCUGUCUCUAUUAGUGCUGCUACUGUGUUAUGAUCCCUUUAUCGAAAAACAUUCAAUUGCGAACUCCUUGGAGCCAUAUUCAUGGCACAUAUUCAAUCGAGAAUCUUACUCUGCAACUCCUUUUGGCCUUUCAUUUUGUUUCCACCUUUCCCCAUUUGUUCUCUUUCUUCUGCAAAUGCUUCUGGCUUCUUUCUUCCUUCACAGUUGUCUUGCAAGCUUACUUUAUUAGAUACGUACAAUGCCAAGGACAAGAGCAAGUGCUGCAGCUGCAGCACAGAAUCCAAAUGUAUCUGAGAACCCCAUUGAAUGUGAAAAGCCUGCGGAACCUGAAGAGCAUGUGGACCUUGAUGGAGACAAUGAGGAUACAAAGGAGGAAGAGGUUGAGUCUGAAGAAGUAGAGGAAGAAGUGGAAGAGAUAGAGGAAGAGGAGGAGGAAGAAGUAGAAGAAGAGGUGGAAGAAGAUGAAGAGGAGGAAGAUACCUACUUUGCUGACGCACAAAAAGAUCCAGAUGGUGACGAUGAGAUAAAAUCUGCCAAAGGAGAAGUAGACAAUGAAAAUAGAAGGCAUGCAGAACUACUAGCACUUCCUCCUCAUGGGUCAGAGGUCUACCUUGGUGGCAUUCCAAAUAAUACUUCUGAAGAGGAUUUGAGGGGCUUUUGUGAACCUGUAGGAGAAGUUACAGAGGUAAGAUGCUGCUGUUUAUCAAUUUCUUCUGUGUGUUUUGUAUUUUAUUUAAAUUGUGGACAACAGGUGAGAAUUUUAAAGGGAAAAGAUUCUGCUGAAACCAAGGGCUAUGCUUUUGUGACAUUCAGAACCAAGGAAUUGGCUUCUAAGGCAAUGGAGGAGCUGAAUAAUGCCGAAAUAAAGGGAAGAAAGAUAAAGUGUUCAGCAUCUCAAGUAAAGCAUCGAUUGUUCAUUAGUAAUGUCCCCAGAAACUGGGGAGAGGAAGAUAUGAAGAAGGUUGUAACAGAGAUUGGACCUGGAGUUAAUUUGGUGGAGCUUUGGAAGGACCCACAGAACUCCAGCCGGAACCGUGGAUUUGCUUUCAUCGAAUAUUAUAAUCAUGCAUGUGCAGAAUACUCAAGAAAAAAGAUGUCAAAUCCUAAAUUUAAGCUUGACAAUAAUGCUUCAACCGUGAGUUGGGCUGACCCUAAAAACGUGGAGUCUUCUGCUGCUUCACAGGUAAAGGCAGUAUACAUCAAGAAUUUACCAAAGUACAUGACUCAAGAUCAGUUAAGGGAGUUGUUUGGACAACAUGGAAAGAUCACAAAAGUAGUUAUUCCUCCUGCAAAGGCUGGACAGGAAAACUGCAGAUUUGGUUUUGUUCACUUUGCUGAAAGGUCCAGUGCCAUGAAGGCACUAAAGAACACUGAAAAAUACGAAAUUGAUGGUCACAUUUUAGGGUGUUCUCUUGCGAAACCACAGGCAGAUAAUAAGAAGUUUUCUGGUGGAUCAAAUUCACAGAAGUCAGCCUUACUUCCAAGCUACCCUCCUUGGGUUGGUUAUGGUUUGCUUGGUGGUGCUCCAGGUACAGGAUAUGGUGCUGCAGGCUUUGGACAACCACUGACCUAUGGUAGGGGACUGACUUCUGCUGGCACAGCCAUGAUGCCAAUGCUUUUGCCUGAUGGAAGGAUUGGAUAUGUCCUGCAGCAGCCUGGAAUGCAGCCAUACACCCCUCCAUCACAGCCGAGGAGUGACAGGAGUGGAGGCGGCAGCUCUAGUGGGGGAAGGCAUAGUGGUGACAGAGGCUAUGGCCGCAGAUGGUAUAAUCCAUAUUGAGUCAGUCGCCUUGUCUGAAUGCAAUUGUAGCAAGGGAAAGGGAUAUGGUUCCUGCAUCACUUAAAUUACCAUAAUUUGGUUGACACUGAUAUUUAAUGGUUUCACCAAAUAGCCACAGCUUGUUGUGAUGGAAGUGUUGGAAGUUUUCAUGCUUCGCCCAUUGUAUCAAUGGUUGGUGGUAACAAGAUGAAGAAACCUCCUGAAGCAUGUUAUUGCUCUUGCCACUGAGCUCGGCUUGUGCUGCUUGUGCAGUGUGCAUUAUGUAACUGCCCAUGGUGCAGCAUGGGUUACCAUCACAAAGGAGGCAUUUAAGCGCCAAAAGCCCUGCCACAACUAGUCUCUGUGUGAAAAAUCGGGGUUUGGACGAGAAGUUAAGUAAGCCUAAAUACGAAAAUCUCAUAGGAAUUUUUUCACAAAUUAAUGGUUCUCUAUGAUGCAAAUAACAUCAACGUCAAGGGAUUGUGAACUGAUAACUUCUUGACCAUCCGAAUUUAUCCGAUCCCAUUCCCACGCA